AUGCCCCGAGUUCGCGUUAGUUCAAGCCAAAAUUGCCAUGAGAAGGAAGGUCGGCUCCUACUGGCUGUACAGGCUAUUAAAAAAAAGGAGAUUACAUCAAUACGCGAGGCAGCACGUCGCUUCAAUGUGCCUGAAUCUACACUACGUACGCGACUACGCGGGACUACAAAUCGCGCCGAAUCUCGCGCAAAUGGCCAUAAAUUGACUGAGAUUGAAGAGGAAGUGCUUAAGCAGUGGAUUCUCUCUUUAGAUCUACGCGGAGCAGCUCCUACAAAAGCUCAUGUACGAGAAAUGGCUAAUAUUCUGCUUGCAAAGCGUGGUUCCACCCCAAUCCAGACUGUCGGCCAGAAAUGGGUAUAUAAUUAUACUCAACGCCACCCGGAGCUUGAGUCUCGCUUGUCAAGGCAAUACGACUGCCAGCGAGCAAAGCAAGAGAACCCAAAGGUUAUUCAAGCAUGGUUUAACACCGUACGAGCCACAAUCGAACAAUACGGGAUCCUACCGGACGAUAUCUACAACUUUGAUGAGACUGGCUUUGCAAUGGGCCUUUGUGCACAUCAGAAAGUGAUUACCAAGUCAGAAUCAUGUGGCCGAAGACCAGUUCUACAGCCAGGAAACCGUGAAUGGGUUACUGCAAUUGAGUCAAUCAGUGCUUCUGGAUGGGCACUUCCACCAACACUUAUCUUUAAGGGCAAGCAGUAUAACCAAGCAUGGUUUACAGGCCUUCCGCCCGACUGGCGAUUUGAAAUUAGUACAAAUGGAUGGACAACUAAUGAAAUUAGCCUUCGCUGGCUUCAGAAGCAAUUUAUCCCGUCAACAGAGCAUCUUUUGAAGCGCUCGUACGCCAGCUUGGUUGAUCAGAAAAUGCGGCUUGGCAUCAGCCAUAUUGACAAACUUGAUUUCCUUGCAGCCUAUCCACAAGCUCGAAUCAGCACAUUUAAGCUGGAUACAAUCAGAAACAGUUUUCGAGCAGCAGGACUAGUGCCAUUGAAUCCUGAACCAGUGCUUUCAAAGCUUAGUAUUCAGGCAUCGUGA